AGUUGGCCAGUGUUUAAAGGGAGGAACUCCUGACUCUCUGUAAUUGGGACUCCAAUCAGCAGUGGGAGGCAGUUUUAAAGGCGUCUCCCUUCUCGCAGUCGCUUGUAAAACAAUGAAUGUCUUUGAGUGCGGACAAUUUUGAAUGCAGGCAGACUGACAAGCAGGGAAACUUGCGUUACCUUCCCCGGCGAUGACCCCUUGACUGAAUGUUUCCAUUUUGCUCUGAAUUUUUAUUAAGCCAUUUGAACUUGGCUACAACAAACACAUCUGCAGCAGCUUCAGAUCUGCGUUUCAAAGUCUCGGAGGAAACGGGAGCGGUGAGUCAGAGCCACGAAACGGAUUAUCGACGAUCGUUCACGGCAUCAUCACACAGCUGGUUUGCUUUACUCCGCCCGGAUCACUGUCAGCCCUGGUUACCCCGCGAAAAUAACAGAGAAAGGCAGUUUUGCGCAUAAUUCGAUUUAACUGCAUUAUUUGUAGAACUUGUGGAACUGCCCCGCAAGUGUUGAGCAACUUUAAAAGCAAUGGUGGGAAGACUGAACCUGCGGAAUGUGUGUGACGACGAUCCGCUGGAUAUGAAUUUGAAAGCUGAUCGGCCGCUGGACAGUCCUGACUCCGGUCUGCCCCCGAGCCCGAGCCCGAGCGUCUGGUUACUGCAUGGCGCCGGGGCUGGUACCCCGAUUACAGAAGACGAGAACAGAGGGCCAGAUGUGGUUCAUAAUAAUCGCCAUUUGCAUGCAUUGUCCUAUGGUGAAGGAAUUGAACUUGAUUCUCUGCCACUGAAAGAAAUAAGAUACACGUCAUCAGUGCGUUAUGAUUCAGAUCGGCACUUCAUCCAGGACGUGACCCUGCAGCCCAUAGGUUUGGGUCUGGAGAUGUGCAGCCAGACGGUGUUGGCCCUGCCUCAGAGCACCUGGAGACAUUACAAGACCCAGCUGGAGUUCCAGCCCCGUCAGCGGGUGCAGCGCUACCAGAGCACCACCAUAGUGUACCCCAAACACACCCGGACCUUCUACACCACCCAGCUCAAAUAUGACGGGCACAAGCUGACCAAACGCUUCUUCUCUGCUGUAGAGAUGCAGGCUUCUGAUUGCCAGGCUAGUCUUUAAAAGACACACGAGCAGCUGUGCCUGAAGUUACGCCCAUAUGUACCAUAUAUAAACCACCGCCUGCAUUCAUUGAGACCCAAGAAGGAAAAAAAGGAAACUCGGACUGAAAUUGUUGCCAGUUGGAAAGGGGAUCCCUAGACAGAUGCGCAGUUUUAGUUUGUUUUAAGCUGAAGGAAGUGUAAGCAACUGUGUUGCUCUGUUUGAAGGUUUGCUUUGGAGCAGCAUAUGGAGAUUUGUAUGUGUUUUCUCCAUCAGUUAUCAAUGGUAAUGUAAAACAAUGCUUUUUAAUUGUACGUAGACAUGUGGUUGAUUAUUUAAUGGUGAAAGUAAGUAUUAGAAUAAUGCAAUGGUGCAGUUUAGGUUUGGUUUACAAAGGUGGAUAUUCAGUACAUAUUUUUCCACAUGUUUCUAUUUCACAGGUUCAAUCUCACUGAGCUGUAAAAGGGUAACGUUCAUAUAUUAUGGCCUAAAAAGUGUUUUCUGAAGAAACUGGGUAUGUGUCUUUGCACAGAGGGUGGUGAGUGUAUCUGGAUGAAAACAUUAAUUCCAUCUCAAACUAACAUUGUCUGUGUAUUUUACUACUGUAAUUAUCCAUUAGGACACUUAUGCUGUUAACCAUAGUUUUCUUUAUAUAAAGGCUAGCUGCCUUCCACAGCUCUGCUUGGUUUCAGGAAGUCAGUCUCUUUAUCGUCCGCAUGAAGGAAAAUGAGAAGUGGGGUCACAUUAGAACUGAACUCAGUCAUGCCCAAAACUGCAGACUGAGGCAUCUGUAGACCAGUGUCUGAAAUAAAUUAUAAUGUAAAUGACAGCAUUUCAAUUUAAAAAAAAACUUUUUAUCAGUGGCAUUUUCCCCUAUUUAUUUCCUGUUCAUGUUUUAAUUCUCUUUAAUUCUGUGCACAGUCAUUGAUCAAGUGUGUGACACAAAUGUGCUGGUUUUAAAAUCUGUAGCUGUGUAAAAUUGUUAUUUUUAACUACAAUUUCUUUUAAGAUGGUUUUUAACAGUUCAAAUGAAAUAAAUACAUUUUUAAAGUGA